CACAGGAGGAGGAAGAGGAAAGGCAGGAGCGGCAGGAAGAGGCGGAGCGGGAACACGAGGGACAGAGGAGGAGGAGGAAGACGAAAAGCGGGAGGAAGUUCCCGCCUGGGACCCGCAGCAGGAUUGGCCAUUGGCAAACCUCGGCCCGAUGGAGGAGGAGGAGGAGGGCGCGGCGAGGAAGAGGAAGAUGUCCCGGGAGCCGCAGGCAGGCACGGAGCUGAGCACGGAGCCCAGGGAGGACAAAUCCCCGCGGCAGCAGCCGGUGGGAGAGGCCGCUGUGAGCGGCUCCGCGGCGCAGGAACGCAACGGGGAGGAAAAGCCGCGGAGAUGCCGCACGAGGAGGGGCUGCAAACGCAGAUCUCGGGGCUCGAAGCAGGAAAGAUCCACCCCGGGCCGGGGAGGCGGCCGCAGCUCGGAGCUGGGGGUCCCUGAGCAGCCUCAGGAUGGGGAGAAGCCCCACAAGUGCUCGGAGUGUGGGAAGAGCUUCAGGUGGAGAUAUGAACUGACCAUUCACCAGAGGAUCCACACGGGGGAAAGGCCCCACGAGUGUGGGGAGUGUGGGAAGAGCUUCAGGCGGAGCUCCAACCUGAUCAGUCACCAGAUGAUCCACACCGCAGAGAGGCGCUACGAGUGUGAGCAGUGCAAGAAGAGGUUUCUCACCAGCUCAUAUCUCCUCGUGCACCAGCGGAUUCACACGGAUGAGAGGCCCUUCCGCUGCCCCGACUGCGGGAAGGGCUUCAAGGACAAAUCCAGCCUCAUCAGGCACCGGCGCAUCCACACCGGCGAGAGGCGUUACGAGUGUGACCAAUGCAAGAAGAGGUUUCCCACCAGCUCCCGUCUCCUCCGGCACCAGCGCAGUCACACGGAUGAGAGGCCCUUCCGCUGCCCCGACUGCGGGAUGGGCUUCAAGCAAAAGUCCACCCUCGUCACCCACCGGCGCAUCCACACCGGGGAGAGGCCCCACGAGUGUCCCCAGUGUGGGAAGAGCUUUAAAAGAAGCUCCCACCUGAUCAUCCACCAGAGGAUCCACACGGGGGAACGGCCCUACGAGUGUGGAAAAUGUGGGAAGAGCUUCAGCACGAGCUCUACCCUGAUCCUUCACCAGAGGAUCCACAAUGGAGAGAGGCCCUACGAGUGUGACCAGUGCAAGAAGAGGUUUCUCACCAGCUCCAAUCUCCUCCUGCACCAGCGGAUUCACACGGAUGAGAGGCCCUUCCGCUGCCCCGACUGCGGGAUGGGCUUCAAGCACAACUCCACCCUCGUCACCCACCGGCGCAUCCACACCGGGGAGAGGCCCCACGAAUGUGACCAAUGUAAGAAGAGGUUUAAGACCAGCUCCAAUCUCCUCCUGCACCAGCGGAUUCACACGGAUGAGAGGCCCUUCCACUGCCCCGACUGCGGGAUGGGCUUCAAGCAAAACUCCCACCUCAUCAGGCACCAGCGCAUCCACACCAGGGAGAGGCCCCACGAGUGUGAGCAGUGUGGGAAGAGCUUCAGCCACAGCUCUGCCCUGAUUGUCCACCAGAGGAGCCACAGCGGGGAGAGGCCCUACGAGUGUGGAGAGUGUGGGAAAAACUUCAGCCUGCGGUCUUACCUGAUGAAACACCAGAGGAUCCACAGUGGAGAGAGGCCCUACGAGUGUGACCACUGCAAGAAGAGGUUUCCCACCAGCUCCCAGCUCCUCAAGCACCAGCGCAUUCACACGGAUGAGAGGCCCUUCCGCUGCCCUGACUGCGGGAUGGGCUUCAAGCACAACUCCACCCUCAUCAGGCACCGGCGCAUCCACACCGGGGAGAGGCCCCACGAGUGUCCCCAGUGUGGGAAGAGCUUCUCCAGCAGCUCAAACUUGACCCGACACCAACGGAGCCAGCACUGAGGGAAGCCCUGUGAGUGCCCCGAGUGCGGGAAGAGCUUCGUGCGCUGCUCCAGCUCCAUCCCCCAUGGGAGGAUCCCCCCUGGAUGAUCCCCAGUGACCCCCGCUGGGCAGAGCCCCGGUGAUCCGCGGUGCCGGUGAUCCGUGUUGGGCACACACCUGGCUGGGGACUCCACAUGUUCCUGGCUCCCUGUGGCCUCGAUUGUCUUUUCAUUUCUCUUUCUCUUUUCGAAAUCCCCAAAAAUGGGUUAACAAUAAAAGUUUUUAAGAAAGACCUGGAUGGGGACAUGGAGGGAUCUUCCAGGGGAUGUGCACGGUGUUGGGUUCAAGGGAAUUGAGAAUUCCUGGCAUGAAGUUAGGACGUGCUCUGCGCUUUGGGCUCCCAAGGCUGAGCAGCUCUGGCUGUGCUGCGAGGCCCUGGAGGAGGUUCAGGGACAGCUGAUCAAGGACCUCCUGCUCUGGGACUGUCCCCCUGUUUUCGGUGUCCCCUGUCCAGGACCCCCUCUCCUCACUGUCCCUCCCCUUGCCCUUUGUCACCCCAGUCAUGGUCCUGUUCUGCUCCCAUCCCAUUUUGGAUCCCAUUCCCCCUUUCAUUCCCUGUCCUGUUGUCUCUGGAUGCCGUUCCCAUAUUCUCAGUCCCGUAUUUCCUGUCCUGUUCGCCUUCUCGUAUUCCUGGUUCUUUCCUGGGUCCCCAUUUCCAUGUCCAUAUUCCCUCUCCUAUUCCCAUAUUCCCAGUCCCAAUCCUGUAUUCCCGUUUCCCGUUCCGGACCCACUUUCCUAACCCCCAUCCCAUAUUCUCUCUCCAGUUAUUGUUUCCAUCUUCUCUCUCCUGUUUCCAUAUUCCCAUUGCCCAUCCCAUUCCAGGUCCCCUAUCCCUGCAGUACCGUAUUCCCGGGAACACUCCCGUAUUCCUGUCCCAUUCCUGCUCCCUGUCCCCAUUCCUGGUCCCACUGCUGGUCCCAGUCCCGUCUUACCCGUCCCUGUCCCAGUCCGGUACUCCAAGGCCAAAUCGUGGUCCCUGUCCCCAUUCUGUGACUCCUUCCAAGGCCCUGUCUCGUAUUUCCGCUCCUGUGUUCCCUGUCCCUGUUCCCAGGCCAUGGCCCCAAUCCCAUUCCUGUCCUGUAUUCCCUGUCCAGUUCUCAGGCCCUGUCCCAGUUCUCAGGAUCAUUCCCAGUCCCGGUCUUGUAUUUCCAGUCCCACUGCUGGUCCUUGACCAUAUUCCCAAUCCCUGUCCCCAUUCCCGCUCCCUGUCCCCAUUCCCUGUCCACAU